AUGGAGACCCCUCCCUCUCAAGAGAUACCCCCAGAGAGAGAGGGAAUCCCUGUGAUCAGACUCGAGACCUCUGCGCCAGACUCUUCAAGUGAAUCCGCUCCAUCCCUUCUGAGCACCCUCUCCCCUGUUUGGCCCCAGGCUUCUCGCUCAGGCUGUCCCCUCUCUGCCGAGUCCAGCCGGACCUUACUGGUGUGUGUGCUGUGGGUCCUGAAGAAUGCUGAGCCAGCCCUCCUGCAGCGCUGGGCCGCUGACCUUGCCCUCCCUCAGCUGGGUCGCCUCUUGGACUUGCUAUACCUUUGCUUGGCUGCCUUUGAGUACAAGGGGAAAAAGGCCUUUGAGCGCAUCAACAGCCUCACGUUUAAGAAGUCACUGGACAUGAAGGCCCGUCUGGAGGAAGCCAUCCUGGGCACCAUUGGAGCACGACAGGACAUGGUCCGGCGGAGUCGUGAGAGGAGCCCGUUUGGGAACCAGGAGAACGUCCGCUGGCGGAAGAGCAUCACGCACUGGAGACAGACCUCGGACCGCGUGGACAAGACCAAGGAUGAAAUGGAACAUGAGGCCUUGGUGGACGGGAACCUGGCGACCGAGGCCAGCCUGGUGGUUCUGGACACACUGGAGAUCAUCGUGCAGACAGUGAUGCUGUCAGAGGCCCGGGAGAGCAUCUUGGGUGCAGUGCUAAAGGUUGUGCUGUAUAGUCUGGGCAGUGCCCAGAGUGCCCUCUUCCUGCAGCACGGCCUGGCCACACAGCGAGCCCUGGUGUCCAAGUUCCCAGAGCUGCUGUUCGAGGAGGACACGGAGCUGUGCGCCGACCUUUGCUUGAGGCUGUUGCGACACUGUGGCAGUCGCCUCAGCACCGUCCGCACGCACGCCAGUGCCUCGCUCUACCUCCUCAUGCGCCAGAAUUUCGAGAUUGGCAACAACUUUGCCCGCGUGAAGAUGCAAGUGACCAUGUCCCUCUCAUCCCUGGUGGGGACAACGCAGAGCUUCAGCGAAGAGCACCUGAGACGGUCGCUCAAGACCAUCCUCACCUAUGCCGAGGAGGACGUGGGGCUGCGGGACAGCACCUUCGCCGAGCAGGUCCAGGACCUGAUGUUCAACCUGCACAUGAUCCUGACGGACACGGUGAAGAUGAAGGAGCAUCAGGAGGACCCGGAGAUGCUCAUUGAUCUCAUGUACAGGAUUGCCCGCGGCUACCAGGGCUCCCCCGACCUGCGGCUGACGUGGUUGCAGAACAUGGCGGGGAAGCACGCAGAGCUGGGCAACCACGCGGAGGCCGCCCAGUGUAUGGUGCACGCCGCCGCUCUGGUGGCCGAGUACCUCGCCCUGCUGGAGGACAGUCGCUACCUGCCCGUGGGCUGCGUUUCCUUCCAGAACAUCUCAUCCAACGUGCUGGAGGAGUCUGCCAUCUCCGAUGACAUCCUGUCCCCCGACGAGGAGGGCUUCUGUUCCGGGAAGCACUUCACGGAGCUGGGGCUGGUGGGGCUGCUGGAGCAGGCGGCUGCCUACUUCACCAUGGGCGGGCUCUACGAGGCAGUGAACGAGGUCUACAAGACCCUCAUCCCCAUCCUGGAAGCCCACCGAGACUACAAGAAGCUGGCUGCCGUGCAUGGCAAACUGCAGGAGGCCUUCACCAAGAUUAUGCACCAGAGCUCUGGCUGGGAGAUGCAGCGCGUGUUCGGGACGUACUUCCGCGUGGGCUUCUAUGGUGCCCGCUUCGGUGACCUGGACGAGCAGGAGUUUGUGUAUAAGGAGCCGUCCAUCACGAAGCUGGCCGAGAUCUCACACCGGCUGGAGGAGUUCUACACGGAGAGGUUUGGGGAGGACGUGGUCGAGAUUGUCAAAGAUUCGAACCCCGUGGACAAGACUAAGCUUGACCCACAGAAGGCCUACAUCCAGAUCACUUACGUGGAACCGCACUUCGACACCUAUGAGCUCAAGGACCGGGUGACCUACUUCGACCGCAACUACGGGCUGCGCACCUUCCUGUUCUGCACGCCCUUCACACCUGACGGGCGUGCCCACGGGGAGCUGCCGGAGCAACACAAGCGCAAGACUCUGCUCAGCACAGACCACGCCUUCCCCUACAUCAAGACGCGAAUCCGCGUGUGCCACCGGGAGGAGACAGUGCUAACACCAGUGGAGGUGGCCAUUGAGGACAUGCAGAAGAAGACACGGGAGCUGGCUUUUGCCACCGAGCAGGACCCGCCCGACGCCAAGAUGCUUCAGAUGGUGCUGCAGGGCUCUGUGGGGCCCACUGUGAACCAGGGUCCCCUGGAGGUGGCCCAGGUAUUUUUGGCAGAGAUCCCAGAAGACCCCAAACUCUUCAGGCACCAUAACAAGCUGCGGCUCUGUUUCAAGGACUUCUGCAAGAAGUGUGAGGAUGCCCUGCGGAAGAACAAGGCCCUGAUAGGACCAGACCAGAAGGAGUACCACCGUGAGCUAGAGCGCAACUACGGCCGCCUACGGGAGGCUCUGCAGCCGCUGCUCACCCAGCGCCUGCCCCAGCUGCUGGCGCCAACCACAGCGGGCCUCAGGAACUCCUUGAACAGAGCAAGUUUCCGGAAGGCCGACCUCUGAGCUCCGAGUGGCCUGAAGCCACAGCCAGAAGAACCAUCACCCUAGCCUCACUGUCUAUGCCUUCCCAGGAUUCUCCCUCCACUGGCACACUGGGCUGUGGGGUGAUCAUAUUCACACGGGGCUGGGCCCUCUGUUCCUCUGUUCCCAUCUGUGUGCACUGAUGCUUCUUACCUUUUCUAAUUUAAAGUGGUUUUCAUAAGCA